UGUUUACAUCGAUGUAGGACUAAAGGAUAUCGCAGACAGCAUCAUGACAUGUUUAAGUAGACAGUAGAAUAUACUGACGUGACGGAUUACUAACAACCUGGAUUUUUCAUUGUCUGGAAGUGAAGUCUGGAGUUUGUGAGUGAUCCAAGCAGCCGGGAUGGAGUGCAGCGGCCAGGUGACUCCCCAGCUGAUGAUGGCUGUGGGGACAGCUGUGAUUGGCUCUCUCCAGUUUGGCUACAACACUGGUGUCAUCAACGCUCCUCAGAACAUCAUUGAGAGCUUCUACAGUGAGACGUGGAACAGCAGGUAUUCAGAGCACAUCUCUCAGCCCACUCUAACAGCUCUGUGGUCGAUCUCUGUGGCCAUCUUCUCUGUUGGAGGAAUGCUCGGCUCCUUCUCUGUAAAACUCUUUGUCAACCGCUUUGGCAGGAAGAACUCCAUGCUCAUGGCCAAUGUGCUUGCCUUUAUUGCCGCGGCGUUUAUGGGCUUUUCCAAACUGGCUGCUUCCUUUGAGAUGCUCAUCAUUGGACGUUUCAUCGUGGGGGUCUACUCCGGCCUUUCCACUGGCUUUGUACCCAUGUAUGUGGAGGAAAUCUCACCCACGUCCCUCCGCGGAGCAUUAGGAACUCUGCAUCAACUGGGUGUAGUGGUUGGCAUUCUUAUGGCACAGAUCUUUGGUAUUGAGUCCAUCAUGGGGAACGCCUCUCUCUGGCCCCUCCUGUUGGGUUUCACUCUGCUGCCAGCGGUGGUGCAGUGUGUGCUGCUGCCUCUCUGCCCAGAGAGCCCCCGGUACCUCCUCAUCAACUGCAACGAGGAGAGCAAGGCUCGCAGCAUCUUAGUGAAGCUGCGGGGCACUGACGAUGUGAGUGACGACAUGCAGGAGAUGAAGGAGGAGAGCCAGCAGAUGAUGAGGGAAAAGAAAGUGACCAUCCCAGAGCUGUUCCGCUCCCCUCUGUACCGCCAGCCUAUCCUGGUUGCCAUCAUGCUGCAGCUCUCACAGCAGCUGUCUGGAAUCAACGCUGUGUUCUACUACUCAACUGGGAUCUUUCAGCGAGCAGGUGUGUCCCAACCAGUCUAUGCAACCAUUGGUGCAGGACUGGUCAACACUGCAUUCACUGUGGUUUCUUUGUUUGUGGUGGAGCGUGCGGGUAGGAGACCACUUCACCUCAUUGGCUUGAUGGGAAUGGCAGUUUCAGCAGUUUUUCUAACUGUUGCCAUGGCGUUGCUGGACCAGCUCAAAUGGAUGUCCUAUGUCAGCAUUGCGGCCAUCUUCAGUUUUGUAGCCUUUUUUGAAAUCGGCCCCGGCCCCAUCCCCUGGUUCAUCGUGGCCGAACUCUUCAGCCAGGGGCCCCGGCCUGCUGCCAUAGCAGUUGCUGGUUUCUCCAAUUGGUCUGCCAACUUUGUAGUAGGGAUGGGCUUCCCAUAUGUUGAGCAACUCUGCGGCCCAUACGUCUUCAUCAUCUUCACUGUCCUGCUGCUGGGCUUCUUCACCUUCACCUACUUCAAGGUGCCGGAGACUAAGGGCCGCACCUUUGAUGAGAUCGCAGCAGGUUUCCGCCAGUCAGCUGGUCAGGGUGCCGACAAGUACUCAGCUCCUGAAGAGUUCAACACCCUCAGGGGGGACGACCCCGACCUUUGAAAGCUGCUGGAGAUUCUCACACGUGCAGCAAAGUUACCUGUUACACUCGUUGUACACCUUUAGGACACAUCAUGUUUCAUAUAUCCCAUAAACUACAGUUAGAGCCAGUAUUACAUGAGAUAAGUGAGUGUUAAUUAUAUUAAUGACCUGACUGAGGAUAUCACAGUUCGUUACUAUAGACUCCGUCUGUUUCGGCAUUAAAAAGUAAGUGACAGUUUUAUUUGGAGUUAUAUUAUGUGGUAAUAUUCUUAUUUAAAAUACCCUUUUCUUGUCUGUUAUGAAGAUACAUUUUUUAUUUUGGAGUUAAAAUGAUCAGCUUGAAGCGUUAGAUUGAGUGCAUAGAUAUUUAUCUGUUGCCCACAAGGUCAUUGUGAUGAAUUGAACCACAGUAUCACAAUGUUUUUGUACUUGUCUGUACACGUUGUUACAACUCUACAGGAGGAACUGUUUCCUCUCAGAUUAGCCCCUGCUGUUUGUCUAAUUUAAUUUGAGUAAAGUAAAACUUUUUUUGAUAAUUUUGAAGUUUUUUUUUAAACUCCACCUGACAUGUCUCUGUAUCACUUUGUACCUAUGAGCCUCUUUGUAUGAACUCAAAGAUCUGUUUUGUUUUAGCUAAACAAAAAACCCUACCAAACAAAUGCAUGACUAAUUUUUGUCAUUUAUUUUUUCAACAAAUGUAUGUAUUUUUCUGGAAGAAAUGGGCUUCAUAAGAACUGAAUCCACAGAUGAUACAAUAGCUGGAGAGUGUCAUAUAUAUGUAGUCUAUGUUUAUAUUUAUGUUCUGGAUAAUUAAUGGACCUACUGAAAUCAGCAUCACUCCUACUUACUGUAUACUGUAUUCACAUUUCUAUAUUUACUGUAUCUGUAUACUUAACAACCAAUUUAGACAAAUUGAUAUUCAAAAAAGCACAAAAUUGAUAUGUUCAUUCAAAUAAUUACAUUUUAUGGAUAUUCUAUUUUUCUGGGCUGUAUUCUAAUGGUUUCCUGCUGAUAUGAAAUGGUUUCUUUACACAGAUCAUAAACACAAAGCCAUAGGAUGAUUUAUACAUUUAUACAUUAUUUGUAAAGUUGCUAAAUUUCAGUCAUCUUAUUAUGUCUGAGAGACAUCAGUGCAGGAGGACUUUGUUUUUUCUUUUUUUUCUUCUUUUUACAGAAAGAAUGAACUGUGCUGUGAUUAGUGCAUUAUACAAUUAUUGUGUUUUUCAGAUAAACUCAACAGUGUUUUAGAAAAUA